AUGCUGUUAACAAUUGCAAUAAUGACGAUGUACCUGGCUGCCAUAUUCCCAAUUGCUCUAUGUUACAUCCUUCUACUACUUGGGUUACGCAAGCUUAAGAAUUGGAUUAUGCUUAACUACAAUAGAACAAUUUGGUUAUUGCAGAAUAUGCUGUUCAAGCAACUUGUGGUCUUAGAAAUAGACUUAUGCGACUAUUCCAAGGCCAAGGAUGUUCUAGUGAUCUCAAACCACCAAGCGGUAUUGGACUGUCUGGGACUCAACUACAUUUUGCACUGCAAUACCAGGACAAAAUACAUCUACAAGGACUCACUCAAAUUCAUACCAAUAUUCUACCAGAUAUGCUCAUUAUCAAACUUCCUGAGGGUAUGCCGCUGCUUUGAAAAGGAUAAAGAUAGAAUAGAGACAUUCUGUAAAAGAAAUAUGGACGGAUGCUACCUGGUUCUCUUUCCAGAAGGAACAAGAUUGUGUAGGAAAUCGGCAGUUGCAAGUGUUAGCUUCUGUAACAAGAAUAAGAUUGAGAGAUUUAAGAAUGUCCUCUGUCCCAGAUACAAAGGAUAUAAAACAAUACUGAACUCAGGCAACUUCUCCCACAUUCUGGAUGUAACAAUGUGCUGGCAUGAAAAAAAGGUACCAUCUCUUCUUGACUUGUUCAAACUACAAGAGAGACGACUAGAGAUAAAGACAGAGUUGAUUGAAGUAACAAAGGAGUGUGAAAGCAAGGAAUAUCUCUUUGAACUCUUUAGAAGAAAAGAUGCUCUUAUUGAAUGCAUGAAAUCAAGAAGGGGUUGA